AGCUUAUCAAUGAGGCUCUUCAGUAUACCUUCAGCGCUGGAAGAGGAAACAUGUGCACAGCGCUCGGGAAUACAGACUAGAAACUUUUUUUUCCACUUUCUUGAAUUCUGUCGGGGCAAGAAUGGGAGGAAGCGAGCAUGGACAAGCGACAAAGGACCUGAUCGGAGCCGUCCAGCGAGGCGACGCAGCGGGCGUGUUGGCGGCCCUCGAGAGCGGGGGCGACGUGAACGCCGUCGUCGUUUGCGAAGAUGAGGUGGAGAGAACGGUCCUCGCCCUGGCUGCGUUCUUGGGCCACGCCCACCUCGUGCCCGUCCUGGUGGAGAAGGGCGCGAAGGUGGACCAGAGAGCCGGCAGAACCAUGACGGCGAUCCACCACGCCGCGAGGGAGGGGAAGGCCGAGGCGCUGAAGGCUCUGUUGAAGGCCGGCGCGGACCUCAACGCGCCCGAAAUCCGCUACUUUAACAGCCCACUCCACUUCGCUACAAUGACUAGUAACUUCAACUGCGUGAAGGUACUGGUCGAGGCUGGCGCUGACUUGAACUGCAAGGACAUCUACCACUACCGCCCCCUGCACAUCGCAUCGAGGACCAACUACCUGCCCAUCAUCAAGUACCUGCUCGAGUCUCGGUGUGACCGCGGGGCGAGGACGGUGCAAGGCUGGACGGCGCUCCAUGUGGGCGGGAUGAGCGGCAGCGAGGAGGCGGUCAAACUCCUGAUAGAAUCCGGCCUCGACUUGGAGGCGCUGGACAACGACGGGCGCACUGCAGCCGUGCUCACCGACGAGUGUGGGCAGGGCCACUUGUACUGGUACUUCGCGAAGACCUUUGGGGCGUCCACAUCCUUGUCUCCGGCAGUUAAGGCCCGCCAGAGCAUGGAGAGGUAUGACAUUGAGCAGUUGGUGCUAACGUGGGCGUCCCAAGACAUCGAGGCCAACAAGCAUCUCCUUCGCAUGAACACUCCGUCACCCUUCGACGGGCACUACCAGGACCACUCCGGGCGCACAGCUCUCCACGUGGCGGCAGAGAACGGCCACAGGGGCAACGUGGUCGUCUUACUGGAAGAUUGCAAGAUCUACCCAGCAGUGCGCACCUAUGCGGGGCAGACGCCGGCUGAACUGGCGAGAGCCGCCGGACACGAGGAUCUGGCGAAGAUGAUAACGGCGAAGUUGGAGCGUGUGGAAGGCAGAGAGGAAGCAGAGGACCUGUACAAGACCUUGCUGACUGUCAUCGCAGACGGGGAUGAUGUGAAGACGGCAUCCUCUCUGCUCGCUCGCGGAUGUCCCAUGAAACCUUGCGGUCUCUACUCCACGCACGCCAUCGUCCUGGCUGCCACCAUCAACCGCUGCAGGAUCCUCACUCUCCUGGUGGCCGCGGGGGCGUCGCUCUUCGCCACCGUUCAGGGCCUGACCCUGCUGCAGAUCGUCUGGUUCACGGCAGACGUCACCAUGUUCGUGAAGAUGAUAGUAACCAAGUCGAUACUUCACAUGCUGCAGGAGGAACACAAAAGGGCGGAAAACUGGCCCGAAUUACAGAAAGGAAUCUCGUCCAUCCUGGACACACUGCAGGGAGAGCAACCUUGGAUGGCAUGUUGGCCUGUGCACAACCCUUCAGGAACCCAGUCAAUCCUGACUCGACGACUCACCGAAGCAAUCUACGCGAAGUGUAACCUCACAGUGUCAUUCCUCCUGAAUGCGGGAGCGAUGCCGCUGCUGGAUGAGGAGUUCUAUGGGAUGAGUCCCUUUGAGGUUUCGCUCAAUGAGAAGCUGUGGGGCAUGGCGGCGAGGCUGGCGCGCAUCUCAGGCGGCUUGUACGUCGCCGACUCGCAGGGCAAGUUCUACAGGGACUACCUGCCAUGGAGUCAAAGAAUGGAACUGGAAUAUGACAUUUUUGAAAAAGAACUGAGGAAAAUACUACACGAAGAAGAGAAAGCAAAGGAUGAGGAGGUUCGACAGGAACUCGAACUUAGUAGACAUCUUCAAAGAAAACUGUAUGAAGCUUAUCAGUCGGACAGUCUGUUGGAUGGCAGUACACGAAGACUAGUGAACCACAUUGGGUGUCAAGCACUCCUGGCAGCUGCAAGGUUUAAUCUUGUGCAGUUGGCCUUCUUGCUGUUGACCAAGGGCGAGAUGGAUGUCAACGGCAGACUCGAGAGGAUGACGGACUCCACUGCAGUCCAACAGGCCGCUGCAUUUGGAAAUCACAAUUUGGUUUUCCUGAUGCACAAGAUGGGGGCAGAUAUCACUCUGAAGGACCGCUACCAUCACACGGCGCUUCACCUGGCUCCCAUGUUUGGCCAUGCGAUUACGGACGAACAACUAAGAUCAUUGGCCAAUAGCGAGGAACCUACGUGUAAAUCUGGCACAACACCUACGCAAGUGAGGAACAACUUCGAAGUGUAUCUGAGGCAGUAUGGGGUUGACACAAAUGAUGCUGAACAGUUUGUGAACUACGAGGAUUUCAACAAUGCAACCAAAGCCUUGGAGAAGCACUUGGGAAGACUUGAUCUAGAUGAGCUGAAGAAACAGAGCUGGAUCAGGUGUGUAAACUAUAAGGAAGGCGAGGCGAAGGAGGUUUGCGAGGCUGUGAUGUCAGAAAUGAAACUCUUGAUGGAGAAGGUGGGCCAGCGGAACCCGGCGCUAAGGGGCAGUCUGAUUCUGCUUGGCAGCGCAGCCGAUGGCACCCGGCUCUGCGCGCCUGACGAGUUUGACUUCAACCUCGUCAUUCAGCCACCUGUGGCCAUAGACUUGCACAUCAAACAUCUGGGAAAAAACGAGGCCAGCCAUAAGGGCCACAAGUCAGUUCUCAAGGUGAAACCGCGACACUCAAAGGCCAACUUGCUAAAAGAGUCAAAUUUAAAGAAAUGUUUUUAUAAUGCUGUUGUUAAGAGCCUGGAGGAACACACUUGCAAGGACCACAGGCUGAGUCUGACUCCUCCUGGAGUCACAAGGACUCAGGUUGGUAUAACACUGUCCCUGGCGUGGCAAGGGGAGCAGUUCCCUCUUCUACUUAUAGGGGUAGACUUCGUCCCUGUGUUGACUGUCCCUUGGCCGCAGACAGUUUCAGAGCCGCCUCUGACUCCCCCGGGUAUCGACAAUGUCUUCAUCAGCAGUCUUGGAAGAGGGAAGUGGAGGUUUUCCUUUUCUGCCGUCGAAGUAGAAACCCUUAAGAGCCUAGAUGACAUGGAGAAACUUGUCUAUCUCACGUGCAAGAAUCUGCUGGCAAAUUUGAAAGCCGAGCCUUGGAUGCCAAAAAAAGUAAAGAACAGGUACACCUGGUGGGACUCACAGCUCUGGAAACUAUCGAUCCCGUCUGGAUUCGCCAUGAAGAGCUGCUUCCUGAGAAUCGUCGAGAAAAAGAGAGAGAACGGCAUUGUGUGGGUGGAAGAGAACCUCCACCAUUACAUGACGCAGAUUUUCUUGCUUAUGGUGGGCGAGUACAUCGACCCAGUGACAAUGAGAACUCUCCAGGUAUCGAGAAAGAUUUACCCAUAUUACGGCGGCGAUUUCGAAUCUCCAAAGCUAGGCGAAGGAGUCAAAGAAAUCCUCUCCUUCAUAGAGGAGCGUCAGCGAUCCAGAAGCAGACUACCAGACAGUCAGGAGAACAGCCAAGUUCAAUCACUGAAAGGCGAGGAUGGUGUUAAAGAAAUGAUUUCCUUUUUGGGCGAUGUACAAAACAUUAAAAAUCUUUGAAGAGGCCGUGUCUUCUCGUGAGUAAGAAGAUAGUUGAUAGUAUGGAUAGUUGUGAAAUUUGGGCACAUUGAACCAUCGACAGCGGGAAAAGGAGUCAAGGAUAUCCGUUCCUGAAGAAUCAAAAUAGAUCUGUUUAACCUUUUGAACACAAUGCCAUGGCGGCGACGAUCAGAAAACGGUCAUGAAAAUCAAAUAUGGUUUCCAAUUGUUUUCUAAUAAUUUUGUUAUAUAUUUUUUAGCUUGAUACAUAUUUUUUACAUUAAAUAUUUACAAAUGCCAUUUAAUUUUAUUAUCUCCUCUCGAAAGAAAUCAUAUAAUAUUCGUGAAUAUGAAUAUGUUAUUGUUACCAAUAAAAGUGGAUUUGUA